AUGCCGGAUCUCACCGGUUCAGUCAAUCAUUUCGACAUCAAACGCAAAGCUCAUGGCCUCAGCCGCCGGAGUCAAGAGCAGACUUGGAACCCCUUUCGGCACGUGUCGUGGGAGACGGGUCCCAGCAAGCGCUCCACCUGGGAUGGCGCGAACCUCGAGGCCCAGCGUGAAGGUGCCGCCGAGGACCCAGAGACAGACGAGGCGAUACAUCACGUCCAGAGCGAGCCCGCCCCUAGAGACUCCGAUACCAUACGCAACAGCAUGGGUAAAGAGACGAGGUCGGCCGCGGGGAGCGGGAGCGGCGACACCGCCUUCGACAACAAAUCCGAGGAUGCCGGUGUCUUGAGGAAUCGGAGGGCCGAUGCUGCACAGGACGACCAAGUGCCGCCAGAGGAGGAGAUGGAAAAGCCGAAGAAGCAAAAGUCGGGUCUCAUUAGGCACGUGAAACCGAAAACGCCCUUCACUGUCGCCAACCAGCUCCAAAGGACGCUCCUCAGCUCGUACAUCAACAUUCUGAUACUGGCAGCCCCUGUCGGAAUCGCCAUUAGCUACGUCGGUUCCAUCAACAAGAUUGCCGUCUUUGUCGUCAACUUCAUCGCCAUCAUCCCCCUGGCCGCCAUGCUGGGUUUCGCUACCGAAGAAAUCGCAUUGAGGACGGGUGAGACCUUGGGAGGUCUCCUCAACGCGACCUUUGGAAACGCCGUCGAACUCAUCGUCGCAAUUCUCGCGCUGGCCGAGGGCAAGGUUCUGAUUGUGCAAACCUCGCUUAUUGGCUCUAUUCUCUCCAACUUGUUGCUCGUCAUGGGCUUCUGUUUCUUCUUUGGCGGUCUGAAUCGAUCCGAGCAGUAUUUCAACACAACCGUCGCCCAGACUGCCGCUUCCCUUCUCGCUCUCGCCGUCGCCUCCGUCAUCGUCCCCACCGUCUUCGACAAGAAUGACGGCACCGACAACCCCGUCCACGUCGCAGCCCUCUCGCGAGGCACCGCCGUCAUCUUGCUCAUCAUCUACGCUUCAUACCUCUUCUUCCAGCUCAAGACGCACAACUCCGUCUUCAACGAGGAGUCUCAAAAGGUUGCCGCCAAGCCGUGGAGCCGUGGUAGCCUCAAGGAGGGCGCGCUUGCCCGUGGGCUGGCCGGCACCGGGGCUCGAAUGGCACAGACUGGUGUCCGCGGCGAGGGCGAGAAUGAGCGCCAGGAGCUGAGCCGGAUCAUGAUGCAGCGUCCCGACGAGGAGGAUGACGAAGAAGAACCGCAGCUGCACUUCUUCGUGGCCGUCGGCACUCUCACCCUUGCAACUGUCCUGAUCGCAUUCUGCGCCGAGGCCAUGGUCAGCUCCAUCGACUACGUCACUAAGGAGGGUGGUAUCAGCGAGGAAUUCGUCGGCCUUAUCCUGUUGCCCAUCGUCGGCAACGCUGCCGAGCACGCCACGGCCGUGACUGUCGCGAUCAAGGACAAGAUGGAUCUUGCAAUCGGUGUCGCCGUCGGCUCCAGUAUGCAGGUUGCGUUGUUUUUGAUCCCGCUGUUGGUCAUCAUUGGCUGGGGCAUGGGCAACGACGCCAUGACACUCAGCUUCGACCUCUUUCAGGUUGCCGUGCUGUUUGUUGCCGUCUUGUUAGUGAACUACCUGAUCAGCGAUGGCAAGAGUCAUUGGCUCGAGGGACUGCAGCUCAUUUGUCUGUAUGCCAUCAUUGCUACAUGUUCAUGGUGGUACCCCGCCACUGGAGUUGCUGGCUAA